ACGCUGCCUCGUAGAUGGCAGAUACGUAGAGGGCGGCUAGAUUGGCACAUGCGCAGUUACUAGUUUGGUGAAGUGGCCAUAGAGCGUGAGUUCCAUGUUGUCAGCGUCCGGUACCGAAUCCUCCUGAAGUGACACUCAGCAGCGAUCAGCAUGUUUGUGGCCCGGAGUAUCUCGGCAGAUCAUAGAGAUCUCAUCCAUGAUGUCUCAUUCGAUUUUCAUGGCAGGAGAAUGGCGACUUGUUCCAGUGAUCAAAGCGUGAAAGUAUGGGACAAAAGUGAAAAUGGUGACUGGCAUUGUACUGCGAGUUGGAAGACACACAGUGGGUCGGUAUGGCGUGUAACGUGGGCUCAUCCAGAGUUUGGACAGGUGCUGGCUUCAUGUUCAUUUGACAGGACGGCUGCAGUGUGGGAAGAAAUAGUAGGAGAAUCAAAUGACAAACCUAGAGGACAAAGUCAUUGGGUCAAAAGAACAACCCUUGUGGACAGCAGGACGUCGGUAACUGAUGUCAAAUUUGCCCCCAAGCAUAUUGGUUUAAUGUUGGCCACCUGCUCUGCAGACGGUGUGGUGAGAAUUUAUGAAGCUCCAGAUGUCAUGAACCUUAGCCAGUGGUCUCUGCAGCAUGAAAUAUCUUGUAAACUGAGCUGUAGCUGUAUUUCUUGGAAUCCAUCAAGGAACCUGUUGGAUAACUCACGUGCUCAUUCUCCAACUAUAGCUGUGGGAAGUGAUGACAGCAGCCCUAAUAUAAUGGGAAAAGUUCAGAUCUAUGAGUACAACGAGAACACAAGGAAAUAUGUCAAAGCUGAAACCUUUAUGACAGUCACAGAUCCCGUUCAUGACAUUGCUUUUGCUCCAAACCUGGGCAGAUCCUUCCACAUCUUAGCUGUGGCAAGUAAAGAUGUCAGAAUUUUUACUAUGAAACCAUUGAGGAAGGAGCAUACCUCUUCGGGGGGAGUCACAAAAUUUGAAAUUCACACAGUGGCACAGUUUGAUAACCACAACUCACAAGUGUGGCGUGUAAGCUGGAACAUAACUGGCACAGUUUUGGCUUCUUCUGGUGAUGAUGGAAGUGUCCGUCUGUGGAAAGCAAACUACAUGGACAAUUGGAAAUGCACUGGUGUCCUUAAAGGAGAUGGGAACCCUGUGAAUUCUAACCAGCAAGGAUUCUCUGUGUCCUCUGUUGGGUCCGCCAAUCAAAGUUUACCUAACUCAGUUAAUGGGUCAUCUUCAGCCAGAGUGCACAGUUGAUGUCAAGCUAACCGGAGUAACUUUGCUGUUUAGCUGCUUGUUGCAUGCACGCGGGAAUGGAUGCAGAGUUUUUUCCUCUUCAAGACACACAGGAAGCCUAAUGUAUAUGUCUGAUAUUUUGUCUUUUGAAAUUAUAAAACUGUCUUUGUUACUAUUAAAAGUCUGUACUUAAAUAGAAUUUUUCAUAUUAUGUACAAAUAAAUUGCAAAGGGGAAAUAAGUGAGGCCUUUUGUGUUCAUGUAUUUAAUGUUUUUCCUUUUUAUAGUCCCAAAAGCAGAUUUUACACUGAUCCUUGAUAAGAAUACACAUUAACCCUAAGAGUACAGCUGCAGUCAGGUUUCUAUUUUGUCUUUUUGAACACUACCAUAAUAUAGCUUUUCACUAUUCUGAUCAUCAAAAUGUUAAUCAAAACAAUGGGUGAGCUAAGGCCUAUUUCUGAAAUGUUCUUUGAAUACAUAUAGGUCACUGUAAAUCAAUGCAUUUAUGAAUGAGAAUUAAAGGAAAACUGUCAGCCCGUUCACCCACACUAAACCUU